AUGCAGCGGACUCGAGCAGCGGCGUUCGAAUGCCCGUGCCAUGAAUGCCGACGGAUGGCGGGGGUCAGGACCGCAGCGACGGCCCAAGCCCGAGCGCGGGCGGGCGUCUGGUGCGCUGCGAAGAAACUGCCCCAGGUUGGAUACUUCUCUGAGGCGGACCCCACAGCGGAAGUGCCUCCCGCCCGUAGGAAGCCCCUUGACCCAUCUGACCGCGGUGGGCGAUUUGACCCAGAAUUCAUCUGGAACACAGGCUGGGAGCAGGAGCCAGAGGAGGCAGACCGUUCAACUGAGGAAGGUGAUCAAGAUCAGAAGCAAGCUGACUCCGGAUUUCUGAGCUUCAGCAGACUGGCAGAUUUAAACAGCUUGUCCAACGACUGGAGCUCGAAAAUCAAGGAAAGCGGUAAGAGAGACAAACAGCGAAAGAAGGCCAUGGCAGAAGCCAAGGCGGCUGCAGAAGCUGCGGCGGCUUCAGAAGCGGCGGCACCCGGGCCAGUCAUCUUUCCUACAAAGCGGGAGUCUGAAGCAUGGGGCCGCAGCACAAAGAUAGCAUACCAGACUGCGGAGCGACCACCCACCAACCCAGCCUCCUACGAGGAGUACGAAAGUGAAAAGACAGCAGUGGUGCUAUGGACGCUGGCCCUUACAGCAUUCGGCUUUGGUUCCACAUACUACUUUUACACGACGGACAUCGCCGCCAGCUACUUGACUGGAGCGAUUGGCGGCCUGCUAUACUUGCGGCUCCUGGGACGGGGCGUUGACGCGAUUGGGAAAGAGGGAGACGGACCAGGCGGCAUUCUGGCUCAACCCAGGCUGCUCGUUCCUGUUGUUUUGGUGAUGGUGUACAACAGAUGGAACACAUUGGCGGCGACCAAUGUGGGCGUCAGCCUGGAGCUCUUGCCAAUGUUAGUUGGCUUUUUCACGUACAAGGGCGCCAUGGUAGGCAAACAAUCCCUGCAGCUGUUCUCCAAUUUGGUAGCGGAAGUGAAGGGCGAGGGAAAAAGGGAGGGCACACAGCAAGACUGA